CAUUCUUCUUGGCCUUCGAACCAACUUGUCUUGGUAUUGAGGAUUGCAUCAAAGAAGAUGACUGUAUCCUGGAGGAAGAACAGGUCCCAAGGUGCCCCUCGGCGCUGUUCACUUCUACCCAAAAGAUUCGAUGGAGAAAGGAAUGGUGGUCUGCCAUAGUUGUUAAGGGAUUGGGGAGAAGGGUGUCGUAUCUUCUGUUGGCGCGAAGACUGAAUUUCUUAUGGGAAAGGCAUGGAACCAUCCAAAUCUCAUAUAUGAAGAAUGGAUGUUUUCUGGUUAGAUUUAAGAGCAAACUUGAUUAUGAAUGCAUUCGGAGGUCCAUGGCUACUGGGGGAUACGUACCCAACGGUUCACCAUUGGUUCAAGGGAUUCGACCCAUGGACGUCAGAAAUUAAGUCAACACUUGUUUGGGUGCAACUCCCAGAGCUUCCUGUGGAGUUCAUCAAUGCUGAAGCGGUUAUGAUAAUUGCGAAGCUUAUUGGAAGGCCGGUGAGAGUGGAUAGGGCGACCGAGGCUGGAGCUCGCGCAAAAUUUGCACGGGCAUGCGUAGAAGUUAACCUAACGAAGCCAUUGUUGUCCUAGUAUAAGGUAGAGGGAAUAACCUAUCUCAUCCAAUAUGAAGGCUUGGAAAACAUAUGUGGUGAAUGUGGUUUGUACAACCAAACGGGACAUAUAUGCAAGUGCACCACAAAAAAGUGGAUGAAGAGAAAGAGGAAGAUGUGUCCAUUGUGCCUGAAACGCAAGAUGUUGACCCCGCAAAAGGGGGGGUGUAUGAUGAAUGGAUGACAGUUAAGAGAAGGGAACGGAAACCAACGAGGAAAGACGAGAGUGCUGUGGCACCCAUGAUACGAUCCAAAUCCGAAGAGAACCCUCGAACUCGGAUUAUAUUACCAAAGUACGCAGCCUUCCUUCUUUUUACGGAAUUUUCGAAGCUUUUCUUGACAACUUGAAAAUAAAGGAUAGAUAUGGAA